UCCUGCUUGGCGGGGCCGGAGGGGCGGCUUUUGGCCGGGGAAGGCGAAGGGACCGAGGAGAGGAAACGAAGGAGGGAAGGAGGAAGAGGCCUGAAAGGGGAAAAACAAAACAAAAAAACUCCCACCAGGGACUCUCAAGCCCCGCCCCCAAACAGUGGCUGAGUUGAGAGCAGCAGCCAUGGAGAAACCAGUCAGCUUGAUGAGGAAGGGCUUUAACGAACUUCAAGAGAUGGUCAACCACAUGCAGCAGAACCCUGCCUGGCAUCCUCUGACUGGCAGCAAAAUUAACCUCAGCAAAGCAUCAAAAGCAGUCAGGCUGUAUUACGAGAAGCAGGCUGAGGAUGGUGUGGCAAAUCCCACAGUGUCAGGAUACACACCCGAGGUAGAACAACUGCAGAAAUCCUUCCUGAUGCGCCCUGGGUGCCCAAGGUUCAGCCAUAGGGCGACCUCAACAGCUCACCUCGAAGGGAACUUUGCCAGAACGACCGGGCUGCCCAGUAACAUCAGCACCAUAAGUCUGUCUUCCCAAAUUUCACUGGACGACUGGACCUCGAUCCUUCAGAACGCGGACCUCCUGGAAGGCAAAACUUACGCCAGAUAUUGUCCGGUGGCAUCCACUCAGAGCCUCUGUGGAUUAUACAGGAGGAAAAGUCGCACUGACAGUGGCUUUCCAGCCCUUCACAGGCAAAGCCACUCCGGGAGCAGAAUCCCUUGGUACAUCGCCGUCCUUCAGGAGAAGGAUUGGUCCCUGCAGCAACUGGAGGAAGAACUUGCCCACCUCAGUCGCUGUGAAGCGGAAUCUGCCCGGAAGGAUGAGGUGAUCUCUGUCCUUCGGGAAGAGGUGGAGGCGAUGCAAAAACAACUCGACCAGUUCCAGCGAAGCAGUUUUGUCAUCCCAGUACAGACCCAAGAGGAGGAGAAGAGUCAGGUGGAACUAGCCACAGGAGAAGCUAGCACCAGCAGGCCACGGAGCCGGGUCGUCUCCUUGCCGGCUACUUUGGACCGGAGGAGCAUCCCAGAAGAGUUCCAGAAGGAACUAGGACGCUUGAAGUUGGAGCUGGCCCAGAAGGAUAAGACCCUGGACUCUGAGGUGGGGUUGCUGAAUGAAGCGCUCUUGAAGGACCAGGAGGCCCUGGAGCAGCUGGAAAAGGAAUAUAUGGAAAUACAGGAGAAGGGAACUCUGGAGAGCGGGGAAGAGGCCCUUCUGGAAAGUGACUCAAAAGUGUCAAAGGAGAUUUUUGAAGGCGAGACGGAGCCUGAAGUGAUCGAAGAAACAGAGGAGGAACUGAUAAUCCGGAAGCUUCUUGAGUUCCAAAGGAUGAACAAUGAGCUCUACAAGGAAUUGGAGAAAGUGAAAAACGAUUACGACAUUGCCACAGGUGCAAUAUGUUCCCUACAAAGGCAGCUGUCUUUCGAGGGAUCCCGGCUCCGGAGAGCUCACUCAGAGCAGGCGUUACUGCAGAAGGAGUUGAGAGAACGGGGCGAUCAGCUGGAAGCGAUGUCUAACAAGUUUUGCAACCUGCGAGAGGAGAGGAAGCAUGAAGAAAUGAUGGGGUCCAUUGAGAGAGAGAACUACAAGCUCCGACAAGAUGUCGUGGAACUGGAAGGCAAGCUAGCAGAGAAAAGCCAGCUCGUUGACCAGACUCAAAGCAACGUCAACCGGCUCCAGGCAGAGCUGGCGGUGAAUCAGCACCACAUCGGGAAGCAGCUGAGCCGGCAGAACGAGCUGCAGAGGCAGCUGGAGGUUUUGCAGCGGGCAGAGCAACAGACCAGGGUCAUGCUGGAGAGCAUCAGCGCCCGGUUUGAAAGGUUUCGAAGCAAGAUCAUCCAGGCCACCUACAGCACGCCUGGCUCCAAGUCACCCCAAGCGGAAAUUUCCGACGAAGAGGUUUUAGAGGCCCUGCAGAAAAUAAUCACGGACCGCAUCGAUUUUCACCAAAUGCUGAAACAGAAAGGGGUCAAGGUCCCUUCGCUGAGCUCCGAACCCAGCCCUUCGACUCCUCAUAAGAAGAAGAGUACCAGCAGAUAAAGGACUCUUCCUGAUUGGUUCUCUAUCUGGGUCCCCUCUCUUUCUUCCUUGAGUAUGCCAAUGAAUGAACACAAAAAAAUGACUUUAUCUUAGCACACCGUCUGUUGGUUGGGCAUCUUUUUAUUCCUGAGGGUAAUUCCAGGCCAAUGAUGGUGUGGA